AUGCGUGUCGUUACUGGGUUUUCCUUAUCAGUAGCUCACUGCCUCUUUGGUCAUGCGCUCGGUUGGGAUCAACAACCUGAUGGAUAUGAAGUGAUCGAUCGUCCCAAGUCUUUUGAAGAUCUUGAAACAUGGCGUCAAGAGUGGGGUAUGUGGAAAAAGAUGGAACUGAUCACGAAUCGUUACGAUCCAGAAGAUUCGUGCACGGUGUACAACCUUCCGCAGACGCAGUGGACGCAACAAAACUUUCUCCAGGUGUUUGUUAUGAUGAGUGAUCGAUUGAUUUAUGAUCGCGAGACUCAGCAGUACACUGUUGACAAAUACGUGAAAGAAAUGACGAAGCGGGUUGGCCCGUUUGACAGUGUCGUGCUCUGGUCGGGGUAUCCGAAUAGCGGCAUUGAUAAUCGGAAUCAAUGGGAGCUUAUGCGAAACCUUCCUGGUGGAAUUGAGGGACUAAAGGGGGUUAUUAAAGAUUUCCAUGACAAUGAUAUUAAAAUUAUUCUUCCGUUCAACCCUUGGGACACAGGCACUAAAAGUGAGAAAGGAAAAGAGGGUAUGGUACGCAUGUACACAGCCGACAUUGAGACUAUAUACUCGCUUGUUCAAGAGCUGGGUGCCGAUGGUAUCAAUGGUGACACGAUGUACGGCGUUCCCAAGUCAUUUUAUAAUUGCAGUAACCCGUUGGUGGCAUCUCCAGAAGGUGGCGUACCUUCUGCGUACCUGAAUAAUAAUCCUCUCAGCUGGGGUUACUAUUACGGGUUCUCAAACUUUCCGCCCGUGGCACGGGCCAAGUAUUUAGAGGUCAGACAUAUGGUGCAGUUAUGUGCUCGCUGGUCACUGGACCGAACAUCAGAACUUCAGAUGGCGUUCUUCAAUGGAGCUGGUUACGUUGUCUGGGAGAAUGUGUGGGGCAUUUGGAACGCUAUGACUGAACGUGAAGAUAUUACGACCAAGAUAAUAUUCACGAUUCUCCAUAAAUUUGGAACGAUUGUGUCUACUGGAAAUUGGAUACCGUACUACAACUGGAAAGGCGAAGAAGUGUAUACAAGUGCGUUCACUCUACCGACUGAUGAAUCGCUUUACACGAUCAUCAGCACAAUGGAGUCAAGUACUAGCUACGAAAUCCCCUUACCUUCUAGUCAGUCUGGGGAUGAUGUACGUGUUUACGAUGUUUACCACGGUGUGGAAUUGCAAAAGGAGACAGGUAGUUCAACAAACGGCACAGUUAUCAAAAUUAAUCUCGAGCCUCGCGGUUUCGGUGCUGUAUAUGUCACAAAAACUGGCGGUGACUUAUCUUCAUUUCUCACCGAGAUGCAGACCCUUACUUCGAAGCCGCUCGCCGAUUACUCUAUGCAAAGAGAUCUGCUGCAGCAAGUGAUGAAUCCCAAUGCGAACAGUACUAUGGGUGAUAAUGCGGACUCGUCGGAAAUGGUUCUUAUAUCUGGAAUGUUUGCUUAUGAGUUUAAUGUCAGUGGUGUUCAGAUCGAACCGGUAUCUGCUUGGACACCAACGUUCGCGCAGUUUGGAACUGGUGUGCAGUUUCCAUGGGAGGAUCGUCCUUCAAACACUCAUUCAGCGAAUUUGAUGUUCCCGGACUUUAUGAUUGAUAAAUAUCCGGUCACGAACUCACAAUAUUUGACCUUCUUAAAGGCCAGUGGGUAUGUGCCAAAAUCACUACAACGCUUUCUGGAUCACUGGGAGAAUCGACAAGGUGAAAACCCAGCGUUGUGGACCAUUCCGGCUGGAUUGGAACAGACUCCUGUCGUAAAUGUUGCAGUGGAGGAUGCCACUGCUUACGCCAAUUAUUACGGCAAACGUCUCCCAAAAGAUCAGGAAUGGCAAUAUGUCGCCUCCAAUGGAGCCCUCAACGAUCCCUAUCCAUGGGGAUCUGAAUUCGAUGCAGCCAAGCUGCCAAAGGUAUACCACGGCCAGGAGCUGCCCCAGCUAGCUCCCGUGGGAUCCAACAAAAUAUCGCGCUCUAAGAGUUUUGACGUCGAAGACUUGACAGGAUACAUCUGGCAGAUGACUGAUUAUUUUUGUGACGCACACACGUGCGGAGUUCUUCUUCGAGGAGGAAGCUGUUACUCUCCCAUCCCGUCUACUCUCGCCGACCCGAACUGGUUUCCGCUGUGCCAAAAGCGUCAGUGUGGCGAUGCGUUGAUGAUUCGCAUUCCAUCGCAUCUUCAAGAAUGA